UCAUCGGGGAUUCCACCGGGUCGCCAGCUUCUCAAAUUUCGGCUGACAGCGAAGCCGAUCGAGCCGAACUUUCGAAAGAGUCUUCUUUAGGCCUCCGAAUUGGGCAACCUUCUCGUGACGUCAGCUCAUGAAACUGGAACGCCCGCCCUCAGCCGAGACCGGCCCCUGCAUUGGCCAGUGACGUUCCCGAAACUGAGGUUGCUUAACGACGCUUCGGGAUUGUGUCUCGGGAACUGAAAGUUUGCGAGCUGAUUGGGUAAGAAGGUCAGGAGGCGGGGCCGUGACUGCCGAAAUGCUCAAAGCGGCCGCCUUGGGCCCGCUACGUCAACCGCAGCCUCGUCCCCAUUGGCCGCCUCUUCCGAGCUCCCUCGUCCUGAGGACGUGGCUGGAAAGUGAGCCCCGGCAGGUUCUGGACGGAGGAAAGAGCGGCGGCUGUAAGUCCCUCCGUUGAGUGCCGGCGAAGAGGGAGGACCGGGACCCUCCAAUUCGGAGGCGCGAAGAUAAGAUACUUGGUGGCCGUAGUGGAAGAGGGGAGUCGGGGUCUGAGUGGGCUCACCUCCUCCUCCUCCUCCUCCUCCUCGACUUUCUCCUGUAAAAGCUCCGGGAUCCUGUGGCGGAAAGGCAAGAGAUGCGACUCCCUUCUGGAGACCGUUAGAGGACGCUGACAGACUCUGGACAGCGAGGAGACCAUAUGGCCAGGAUCAGUUUUUCCUGCCUGUGUCCAGCAUCUUGGCACUUCACUGUGCCUUCAGUGAGCCUUUGUCUCCGUCAGCGUUUUGCCCUGGUACUCCUGUUAUUUGCAGUCUUUCUUCUACUGAUUGUGGCAAUUAAAAAUCUGUGGCACUGGAAAGCUGAUUCUCGGGAUAGGCAGUUUGAAAGGUAUUUAGCACGUUAUCGUGCCUUGGAGGCAACAGACACAAAGGAUCCAGCUCUGAGUUAUGGGGUGGUUGUUGACUGUGGGAGCAGUGGGUCCCGGGUCUUUGUGUAUUAUUGGCCACCACACAAUGGGAAUCCUCAUCACUUACUUGACAUCCGGCAAAUGCGAGAUCACAGCAGUGAACCUGUGGUCAAGAAGAUCAAACCAGGGAUCUCUACACUGGCAAAAACUCCAGAGAAGGCUAAUGAAUAUAUGAAGCCACUGCUCACCUUUGCUGCUGCCUAUGUACCCAAAGUCAAGCACAAAGAGACGCCACUCUACAUUAUGUGUACAGCAGGCAUGAGGCUGUUGCCUGACAAGCAGCAGGAGGCCAUCCUGGGGGACUUGGUGAAGGACAUACCCUUGGAAUAUGACUUCCUCUUCUCAGAAUCUCAGGCAGAAGUGAUUUCAGGGAAACAAGAAGGUGUCUAUGCUUGGAUAGGCAUCAACUUCGUCCUAGGUAGAUUUGAUCAUGCGGAAGAGGAAGAUGCACUGAUUUCUGUGACCCUGUCAGGUCAAGAAGAGCCUAUGGUCCGAAAAAGAACAGUUGGGAUCCUCGACAUGGGAGGUGCAUCCCUGCAAAUAGCCUAUGAGGUGCCAAACUCAAUCCCCUUUUCUUCCCCACAGCAGGAAGAAGCUGCCAAAAGUUUGCUUGCAGACUUCAACUUGGGAUGUGAUGUGCAACACACAAAACAUGUGUAUCGAGUCUAUGUCAAUACUUUCUUGGGCUUUGGAGGCAACUUUGCUCGGCAACGAUAUGAAGAACUGGUGCUGAAUCAGACCAUCACUCACAACAGAUUGCGCAGUGUACAAAUAGGUUUGAAUCCUGAAGUGCCAGUCUUAGACCCGUGCCUGCCAAUGGGACUAGAGGAUGUUGUGGAUAAAGGUGGGCAGGCAAUGCAUGUCAGGGGCCAAGGUGAUUGGAGGAGCUGUGCAGAACAACUGCGCCCCCUAUUGGCUGGAAACAAUAGCAGUGGAAGUUCUUUGAGCAAUUCCUAUCAGGCAUCUAUUGAUUUUAUGAACAGUGAAUUCUACGGGUUCUCAGAAUUCUACUACUGCACUGAUGAUGUGCUGCGUCUAGGAGGAUCUUAUCUAAGCAGUACAUUCAUACGUGCUGCUCAAGAUUAUUGUAGCCUGAGCUGGUCAGUAUUGCUACAGAGAUUCCAAGACAAGCUUUACUCACCACAUGCAGACCUCCACCGUGUUAAGUAUCAAUGCUUCAAGUCAGCUUGGAUGCACCAAGUUCUACAUGAAGGAUUCCAUUUCCCCAAAGAUUACUCUAGCUUGCGUACAGUGCAGUUGUUAUAUGACCGAGAAGUGCAAUGGACAUUGGGAGCCAUUCUUUAUAAAACCCGCUUUUUACCUCUCAGGGACAUCCAACGGGAGAGCUUCCAUCAGUCACAUAGCUCUUGGUUCCAUCUUUCCUUUGUCUACAAUCAUUAUCUGUUUUUUGGGUGUAUUCUUGUGGUGACGUUUGCAAUUGGGCUCUACCUCCUCCGUCUACGCCGUAUCCACCAUCAGCCAUUGCAGUCAGCACCCCUUGAUCUGCUGUGGCUAGAAGAAGUUGUACCACUGCCAGCUCAGAAAGAAGGCUCCUGACAAAAGAAUGCUGUUAGGACUGUUGCGGUGACUGUCCAGUGUUUCCUGUUUUUUAAUGGGCCAAAAGCUGUGAUUCCCUUUUUCCCCCCAGUCCAAAAUACUGUAACACUCCUUGUUAGCCUCAGAGUGGCUGCUCAAUAUUAUUCUACCCCAAGGGCCAUGGCUGCCAGGGGACUUCAGAUUGUAUCUGAAGUUCCUAACUGGGAUAGGACAAUCAUGUUGCAGGUGUUACAGGGCAAGGACCAAAGGUUCACUUCCAUCCCUGUUGGAAUUGAAAAAGUAUCAAUGCAAAUAACCAAAGAAAACUAUCUGCUCAGGAAAAGGUGGGUGGGAGAAUUUGCCACAGGAUAUUUGCAGGACCAAGCAGCUUUUCUGAGGGAUCUUCUGCAAAGGAAAGUGAAGAGCUCAUACUGGUGCUUGCCCUCUGAUUUGAAUAGAGGCGUCUUGUUGUACCAGUGGCUGAGAGAGGACUCAUGUAGGAUCCAUUGGACAAAAAAUGUAGGAUCCAUCGGACAAAAACACUCCUUUAAAACCAGAAGAAAAAGAAGCUACAAUUGGCUGCUACAUUCUGCCUUCUUUUUCCACUUGUGGUUUUCGAGGAAUUGAAUUUUGCACAAAGAAAGCAUGGGGAUUCUGUCAGAUUCUCUAUUACAUACAUGAUGAAGGAUGGCUCAUUGGGGAUGCUCCUUCCUUGAGCAUUUCAUCUAUUUCUAGUACAGGUAAUCCCCCAGGUACGACCAUGCAUUUAGUGAAUUUUCAUCAGAAGAAAUUUAUUCAGGUAAAGUACUUACAUUAGAAAUUCAAAACUGCGAUCAAAAAGAAGCCAUGUGACUUGGAUUCAGUCACUACUGCAGUGGUGGCCAUUUUAAACUGUGACUUUCUUUUGCCGUUCUGGGUUACAACAUGAAAUUUCCUGAAGCUGGCAGGUUUUUUUUCCCCUCCGGUCAUAUGGCCAAACAAGAUCCAGUGAUUUUGCAACUAGUGCCAAGUUUGUUUUAUUUUUUUGAUGUUACCUGGAGAGGCUUGUGCUGAUCAGAGGCAGCAUUUUUUUAAAAAGAGGUUUUAAAUUUAAAUUGCCUCCAGAUUUUGUGAGUGCCCCAUCACUGGAGACUUUUCAGAAGAGACUGAAUAGGCAUUUAUCAGAAAUUCCCCCCCACCCCAAUUUGGCUGGCUGCCUAGAGAGGCUUGAAUUGACUAGCAUUUUUUAAAAAAGUCCUUGCCUGUCUGGAUAGGGUUGAGUUUAGCAGGGGCAAGUGAUUUUUUUAUUUUAAAGCAACUUAAGCUGAGAGUUCUGUAAUACCCCACCCCACCCCGCUGCCUGAAGAUGCUUGAGCUGUCUUUAAAAAGCAACUGAAAGCGGAGAGCUCUGCGAGCCUGCUUGGAGGCAAUUUAGUUCCUGAGCUGAAGGCUGCACCGGAAACAGCUGAUGGGCGGCUGGCAGCAACAGAGAAAGCCUCUCAGUUCAGUUAACGAUGGCAGCGAUUAAUUAACUGGGGAAAUUGUCAGAUUUUGUUCAUUUAACAACCCAUUUGAUUCAAUUAACAAAUUUGAUUUUAAAAAUUUGUAAAAUUAAGUCUAAUUCAUUUGAAGAAUUUUUUGACUUACAACCCUAAUGGGCAGGUUCCAUUAGGGUCUUACCUCGAGGACUACCUGUAUAGCAGAAAACUAUCUUGAAAUACAAACCAUUCUGGAUAACUGAACUUGUUUCAACAGUGACUGUCUAAAUCAACGGUGGGCUACAUUUCGUAAUGUAUUUGUUUGAAUACUUGAAAUCCAGUGAAGUGUAGCAAUAAAUUACACUGAACUACGUAA